CUUUUGUCGGGUGGUCUGUGAGGGGGGGGAGAGAGGAGGAAGAAGGCGAUCGUCAGGUUCGUUGUUGAGGGGAGCCAUGGGAGUGCAAGUGGAGACUAUCACCCCCGGAGAUGGGCAAACCUUCCCCAAGACCGGGCAGACCUGCGUUGUUCAUUACACAGGAUCACUGAAGGAUGGAACAAAGUUUGAUUCUUCCCGGGACCGAUCUAAACCAUUUAAAUUUAAAAUUGGUCGAAAUGAGGUCAUCAGGGGCUGGGACGAAGGAUUAGCUCAGAUGAGUGUUGGACAAAGAGCAAAACUGACCUGCACUUCUGACUAUGCUUAUGGGGAUUCUGGCCACCCUGGGGUCAUCCCACCCAAUGCUACUUUGAUCUUUGAUGUAGAGCUCUUGAGACUCGAGUGAAAGCAUUACUUGGUUUGUUUCCUGCUUUUGGCACAUACACUUGGGAGAGUUUGAAGAUUUGUGCAUUGAAUGUGCAGAACUUGGUUAUAAACACACUACAUUUACUUUCCCCAUCUACAAUCUGCAUUUUGUAGGCAACACAUUUGCUUCUCUCCUGUUCCUUUUGGGCUGUAACUUAAUCUGAUGUUAAUCCUACAGUGUUUUUCAAAAUUGUGCUUUGCUUUCUAAAUCUUAAAUUGCAUGUGAUCAAGUAUUAAUACUAAGGUGCCUGUCAUGUCAAAAGGAAAGCUGAUCAUUUAUACCACACCACUUUUAACAUUAAAUUGUUCAAGCGUAAGAUAAUAGUUUUCAAUUGACUUGGUGCAUUAAAACGCCAUAAACUGAACGAGAACCAACAACAUUGGCCAUACAGGUUGCAAUCUUCUUAAAUUUGCCAAUCUUGGAAUAGAAGUUGCUGUUGUGAUCUGCUUGUAUUGUAUAAACAUUCAUGCCAAAUAGUCAACACAAACUUAUCAUUGGGAAUUAUCCAAAACUGGAGGGUCAAAUUGAUCCAUGGUUAACUAAGAGGUUUAUUUGUGGAGGUGGGAGGGAAAGUGGGGUCAGUUUACCUUUGCUAAUUCUUGCUUGAGUUGUUUUUUAACACCAUGCUUUUCCCUGCUUGCAUGCAGGCCCAGUUGCCAAAUUUUAACUUUGCAUGUUGUUUUCAUCAAGACGUCAUCCAGAUAUUUGAUUCUACAUGUAAGUAUCUCAACAUGAUCGAGGCUUCAAUGCUAUUUAACUUGGGACAAAUGAUCAUUGUUCUCCUAAAUGUUUAAAAUCUGGUGCUGGGUAGGGAUUGAUGCUGAUUUUCAUCUUUUUAUUUUGCGAGGAGAGGAUGUGUUAACUUGUACAUUUUCCAAAAAUCAUCAGAUGCUAAUGGAUGAUUCUCUCACCUCAGCUGUAGAGGAUGCCCAAUGAUGUUUUUAGUUUAGUUGUGAAUCAGGAAGGCAGCAAAAUCAUUGGAGACUGAUAAACUGAUGAUUAAUGUUGGGACCAUAGAAAUGUAAGUUGUGCUGUUAAUACUGGCAGAGGCCCAGCUUUAUAUCAGUGCAAUAGAUAUACAAUACCUGUUGCAGAGUUCACAUUAAGCUAGACACUUCUCCCUCUGCCAUUCUUGCCUCAGCCAUUCUUGGAGGAUCAGCCAGUAUAUCCCUUUUUGUAACAAGUUAAUUAGGUGCUAGCAACACAUUUGUAAGCAGGACAUGCUGAUCAUCACUACUGUCAUCCCAUCUCUAUCUAUUUAGUGUGGCUUAUGAUACUUUUAUUGCAUGUAGCUCUGAUCAGCAAUUCAUUUUGGAAUUCAUGGCUUUUACAAUAAAAUGCUUUGUGCCAGUU